AUGGAGGGCGUCCAUUCCGAGGAGGAUCUGCAGCAAACGCACAUUACUCAAAUCUACCAUCUUGGAGAUGAGCCCUGCUCGGAAGAGGGUCACGGGGCUGACAAUUGUGAAGAUAACCCCAAUUGCUUGCUCGGCCUCGGAGAAGGAGGCGAAGGUGUGUGGGCCGAGUGCCCGCCCACUAUCGAGGAGCUGGGCAAUGAUCCUCACGCGCAGGUCAAGCAACCGGACGUGCCUGCCGGCCUUGAGAAUCUUGGAGCCACGUGCUACAUGAACAACGUCCUGCAGUGUCUCUACAUGAACACAGCCUUUCGACAAGCCAAGGGCAAGGAGAAACAGCUUGAGGCGGACGCUCAGCAAGCUGUCAACGAAAAAGAAGAGCAUUCAAGGGGUUCGGUGUGCUCGGAGCUGCAGCGGCUGUUUGCUCUCAUGCAAGAAGGCCGCCGCUCUUUCUAUACCCCCAAGAGGCUCACCGAGGCGCUGAACCUGAAAACAUCCAUCCAGCAAGAUGCUCAAGAGUUUUACAAGUUGUUCCUCGAUUACCUGGAGGAACGCUUCCAGCAGAGUGAGGAUGAGAGUAUCAAGGAGCUAGUAGGGCAGUUUCAGGGCGAAUACGCCUAUACCACUGUGUGCCAGGCCUGCAAAACUGUCUCCCAACGGAAGUGCCAGUUCUCAGAGCUCGAGCUCAAUCUCAAGCUCACGGACAGCAACCAGUAUUUCUGCGAGACCUGCAGCAAAUUGCAGGACGCCACCCGGUCCAUUGUGCUAAACCUGCAGCUGAUGCGCUUCGUGUACGACAUCAAGACGUUCCAGAAGCGAAAGCUGCAAGAUUCGAUUGCAUUUCCGUUGGAGAUCGACAUGGGCAAGUACAUGCAAGAGUUCGACGAACGACAAAAUGAAGUUGAGAAUAAGAGGAGAAGAAAGGGAUUGGCCUACGAACUGGUCGGUGUACUGAUCCACGUUGGUCCCGGUGCCAACGUGGGCCAUUACAUUGCCCACACCAGGGAUGAAGUCACGAAGAAGUGGUGGCGAUUCGAUGAUGCUGUGGUGACUCCGCUCGACGAGGCCAAGAUCGGCAUAGAAAAGGAGCCCAAGAAGAACAAAAAGAAGGGCGCCGCGCUUCCUGAAGGGAUGACCGAAUCGUCCAACUCGUACAUGCUGAUCUACGCUCUCAAGGAUAGGGAAACGGUGGCGCAGCCCCAAUUGCCCGCUUCUGCUCAAGCCUUUGUGGACAUAGACAACCGAGAGUUCGAAAAGCAGAUUGAAGAGUAUGACAUGAAGGCGAAGGAAGAGCGCGAGCGGAUCGAAGCACACAAGCAGAGCUACACCGCCCAUUUCUCCACGCUUGGCGUACCACCGGGCACGAAGGAGUAUAAUUGGAUCGCCGUGUCGUGGCUACGACAAUGGGUGAUCGGAUCCAAAGAGCUGCCUCCAAUAGACAACACUGAGCUCAUGUGCGCCCACGACAUGCUGGACCCACGCAAACUGUCCCACGCCAAGCGAAUCACGCCGGAAGCGUGGUCGAUGCUGCAGUCCCAGUUCAAAGGCGGACCUGUGCUCAGCCAAGAGUGCUAUUGCAUGCCCUGUUCCGCUGCUCUGUGCCAUGAACUGGCUAAGGACGCGGAGUACAACCGAAUGAAGGAGACGACACUGAACCUGAUCACAGCGGGUCCAGCACCAAAGGGAUACAUCUUGUCGACAUCUUGGCUUAACCAAAAGAGCGAGCCGGAGGAUCUGAGUAAAAAUAUGAACGAGAAGAUCACCUGCGAACACGGCAACCUUUGUCCUGCUGGCGGACGAAGAGUAGUCCCAGCACAGGCGUGGUCGUGGCUUCGCUCCGAGUUCCCGGAAGGAGCCGAGUUCCACUCCUCGGAGAGCGCGUGUAAGGAGUGUAUCCGAGACUCGGCGGCCAACAAAGAGGAGCUACAGAAUUUGAAGGUGGUCAAAGCCAAGGAAAAGGUGCUCUUUCCCGCUCGUAUUGGUAGGAGAAAAGACGACCUGACGGUGCUCUCCUUACGCGAGGAGCAGCGACGGGUCAACGCGAUAGCCAACGAAAAGGACGCCAAGCCGGGUUGUCGCUACUACAUCAUCUCUCAGGAGUGGUUUGGUCGUUGGCGAGCUUGGGUCGAGAACGUGCCGGAUACAGACGAACCCAGCCCCAUCGCCAACGAAUCGCUCUUUCCGAUUGAUCCCGACGAAACUGAGUUCCGGCUCGUUACGCCCGAGCUCUGGGCAAAACUGAUCAAGAGAAAAGUGGUGGAUCGCCCCAUCGUGCUCCAGGUAGAGCGGCAAGACGGUGGUGAACUCGUCUUUCGCGUGGACCCAGCCACCUGCCUCGAAUGUACAGAAGCGAGACAGAAUGCCAUACUCGAUCAACAGUACAACUACGAAGAAGCCGAAAUCGUCGUUACGACAAAGCGACGGACCCCCGCUGUCAAAACGGACAAAAUCACAGUGUCGGCGGACGACACAAUCCUCGUGGUGAAGCUCAAAAUUUUGGAGAAACUCGAGAUCGAACCGAACGAGCAGGCGCUGUUCUUCAACGAUGUUGAGCUCAAGGACUCCAAAGCAACACUGCGGCAAUUCAAGGUCCCGGCUAAGGCUACCAUCUUUAUCGAGCGGCGACAGCUCUCCAUGGCCGACUACGACAUUCUCGAUGGCCACGACCAAAUCGAAGAGGGGUUCAAGGGCACCAUCUUUUCGCACGAAAAGGCGACGGACGCAUCAGGCAGGGAGGAGGCGGGCGCGUCUGCUUCCCCGUCUCCAAGCAGAGCAGAGGCUGAGGACUUGCCCGCGGAGGUCGCGAAGCUGUGGACCUGCGAUGUGUGCACCUUCCACAACCCGUACGCUUCCCCCGCCGCCGCCGCCGCCAGCUUGAUCACGUGA